CCGACGAUAGCAAAAGUAGAAGAAAGCAGUUUCAUUAUUUGCUCUCGUUCAAAAAGUGAAUGCAAAAUCAAUGGCUCCGAGAAUCAGAACCAUCGGAAUCUACGCUACUCAGAAAAAGUACUCAGUCGAUUUCUUUGGAGAAGAGUUUACCGUCACCGUAACACCGGAUCCUUCCGUCAUCGGUCAAUGGAUUCACGACGUCCUAUUCCACAGCCGCUUAUCCUCUCACCCUCUCGUUGUUGGAGUCGGCGUUCAGUGGACACCCUCUGGUUAUCACCCUGCUUCUCCACCGGUUAGUUAUCGCUCCGAUUCUUCUCCGGACAGUUAUCGCUCCGAUUCUCCACCGGUUUUUUAUAGCUCCGAUCCUCCGGCGGAUACUCUACAGCUAUGCGUUGGUAAGCGAUGUAUCAUCAUCCAGCUCUUUCACUGUGAACGCGUCCCGCAGGUCCUCCGUAAUUUCCUCGCGGAUCGAGAUUACACGUUCGUUGGUGUUUGGAAUAGUCAAGAUGCGGGGAAGUUAGAGCGAUCAAGACAUCAGUUGGAGAUUGCGGAGCUUUUGGAUUUGAGGAAGUACGUAUCAGAUUCGACUGGAAGGAGAACCAUGAGGGGUUGUUCGUUUGAGGAGAUUGUUGAGGAGAAUUUAGGUCAUCAAGGAGUGAGGCUAGAUCCACAGGUAAGCAUGAGCGAUUGGCGCGUUUACGACCUUGGCUACGAUCAGAUUCUUCAGGCGUCCAUAGAUGUUUAUGCGUGUUGCCAGCUUGCUAUUCUAGACCAUCUUUGGGAAGUUAAGUUUCAGUAAACGUUUCAGUGGAAUUCUAAUAAUGUUGUUAAUCUUUGAAUCCUUUUUUCUUUUGUUUGUUAGAGACAAAUCUUAAAUCUUUUCUUUGGUUAUUAGUUGUGAGUGAAAUUUCCCUUUUUUAGAUAGUUGUUUAUUUCUUCAUUGAGUAACUAGGAAAAAACAAAUAUUUAUAACUUUU